CCUCUACCCACCCUUCAAACAGCCAGUGAGAGCCAACACUUCGUACACAUUGAACCUCCACACGACUCCUUCUCAACCCAACAACGAAGUAUCUCUGCCUGAGGUGUCAUCAUGCGAUUCCUUUACCUCUUGCUGCAGCCGCUCCUGCUUGGAGUUGGCAAAACUGCUUCACUUCCCCACGGGCCGGUCAAUCUCGACCUAGCCCCUCAAGUUACUACAGCUCCCGAGACGGCUAUCAAGGUGCAUGUCAGCGAGGACCCAAGGACCGUUCUUCCGCCUCCGAAUACUCCCUGCAAACGCAAGUGCUCAUGCACCCACGGCACACAGCCACCUGAGGGUCGCGUCUACUGCGGUUACUGCUGGGGCGUCGAUCCAGUCAACGACAUCCUCUAUGGCUCUGAAGUUAUCAAGUGCUCGCCUGGUGAUUGCUGCAGCUAUGGCUACUACGACGGGCGCUGCGAUACGAAUCACACCCAACCUGAGUACGACGUCUUCUGCAAAAACUCCUGAACCAGCCAUGACACAUGUCGACUGUCCCACAUAACGGGAUUUCGAAAACCGUCGUAGGAGACGCCUCAUGGGAUUUCCAUCUGAGACUGUCCAGGGUGGUCAUUGCAUGGACUCUACAGGUUGAUGUAGAACAUCCGUUGGCAAUCAAUGAAUUAUCUCGUCC